AUGGAGAAGGAGUGCAGGGCCUUCCACACAAAUGUCGUGACAACUCAAGGCCACCACUCAGCAGCACUCAAGCAAUAUCUGACUGCCCUGCUCAUGAGCACUGACUACUUCACUCAGCCACCACCAAGGUCCCUUGCAGAUGAUGUCAUGUACAAGAAGAUGGCCCACUGCUGUAGCAAGUUGCAGUGUCACACUCAGGCUGCCCUGCUCUGCCAGUUGAUGGAAGAGCCAGACUAUGGUGCAUCAUUCAAGUCUCUGAAUGAACGCCAGUGCCAGGACAGCUGUGAUUCACUCUAUGAGCAUGUGUUUGAUGUAACACUGCUCGAGUUCCUGGUGCACCUGCACACACGGCGUGGCGAGUUAGAGUCCCGCCAGAAGGCACUUCACUGCAUGGGCUUACUUGAGCUGAAUGCCAGCAACAAUGAAGAGAUCCAGCGAGAAGCUGCCAAUGUGCGCCGGGGAAACUUUCUGCGAGUCAUGGCCCGCCAGUACCUUUAGGCGCAUUUGUCACACAUUCAUGCACUUUAACAGCAGUUUCACACGGAGCCACAUGCAUAAGAACUUGUUCGACUGUAGCAUUGCGUGACUACGCUAGAAGUGUGUAUGUACAGCUAUUUGUGUUUCUAUUCAGCAUCUAUACAUUGUUGUGUAGAUGAAUUAUGUUCAUUUGACCUUCACAGGAGUAAUGAACUUCUUUUUGUCAAAUUAAUAAAGAAGAGGCAGGAUCCGAA